GAUUCAGUACUGGUGCUCGACUUCAUUCCCCAUCGCGCGUUUAAUCUCGCCUGCGCCGUCCUUCCCUCUCGCGGUGUGGCGAACGUCCGACGUCGCGCACACAACACACAACACCUCUCACUCCUUAACACCCGCAGCAGCCAACGCCAUGGCGGACGCGCGCGCGGCCCGCGGCGACUCGGCGUGCUCGGACGACUCGGCCUUCGGGGACGAGACUCUCAGUCAGGACGAGUUCGUGCAGCGCCAGAUGGACAAAAUGCGCAGUCUGGACGAGGCCGAGAACAUGUCGUUCCUCGAGUCGGCGCCGUCGCAUCGCAGCAGCAACCACAGUGGCACCAGUGAGUUGUCUGCUAAUAUGACAGUCUACGAGAAGCUGCAGGCAUUGGCUCUAGCUGAAAAUAUCAAGUUAGACGACCCGAACGGCGGUUCAGGCGUAAAAAGCAAAGACGGAGACGAUGAAGACGACGACGACGACGACGACGACGACGAUGACGAUACGUACGAGAUAUCAUGGGACGGAGGUCCUCUCGGACUAUUGUUCAAGGCCAACGCUAACGGACAGCCUGUGAUCCGCCGUGUCAAUAAGAAGGGAGCAGCUACAGGCCUACAAUACGCACGAGCGGGAGACGUGCUGCUUGCACUGAAUGGUGUUAGCGUUUCUGCUACGCCAUUUAGCGAGGUGAUUGAGAGACUGAAAAACCCGGAGUUCCCAAUUAAACUGGACUUUCGACCGCUAAAACUGAGUGAUCUGGCAUCUGCAGCUUCUGCGGCCACGUCCAAGUGGGGACUGCCUCGCACGGGCUCCUCGAUCCAUAGUAGCGAUGCUACGUCGGCGUUCUGUGGGUCACCAGUAUCGUCUAAUGCAACGGUGGAUAUGCGGAGCAACCGAGGAGCAGGAUGGGGAGAGUCAUCCCCGACGUAUAUGCCACAGAUGAAUGAAGCGUCCACAGAAGACCCGACAGAUGUUGAGUACGAUGUCGUGUGGAGUGAAGGGCCAUUGGGUUGCGAGUUAAAGCAGCGGAAUGGACUUCCUGCAGUGAAGUCGGUAACCGGUACAGGUGUCACGCCCUCGGUGGCGCAGAUCGCGGCGGGAGAUAUUCUCGUUAGUAUUAAUGGCUUGCGCACGGAGGAGAUUGGAUUUAAGAGCACGGUUACAUUGAUGAUGCGAGCUACCAAGCCCGUGUACUUACGAUUCCACCGAGGUGGGGCACGACAGCCGCCUUCUAGCUUUAACGAUCUCCCGCCGAGUUACAGGGGGCCUCCAAGUAACAGGGAGACCUUCCAGGAUGCACCAGGAGUGGAUGCUGCGCCGCUGGAUCCAAAGCAGUACACGGUGCUAUGGCGUGAAGGUCCGUUGGGUAUUCAAAUUCGUACGUCCAGCAAAGGCCGUGUCGUUGUGGCACGACUUACAGGUGCAGGUGCUCCGAAUGUUAACGAGUCAGUGAAACCAGGCGACAUUUUUGUGCGAGUGGCAGGUGUGGAUGUUGAUUCCCUGGGUAUUGCUGGCGCCUUUGAACUGCUGAAAACAGUCCAAAAGCCUGUUGUGCUCGUCUUUCAGCGACGGGGGCGCGGUCACAGUCGCGCACAUUCACGUGGUAGGCAUCCAGGCCUGCCUGUACCAGCACCUGCACCGGCACCUUUGCCGUCGUCGUCAGCAGUUCCUUCUUUCCGGCAAUUACGUGAAGAAGAAGCAGCCGCUGCUGCAGCAGCAGGGAUCGCACGAACACACAGCGCCGGAUACACCCCAGCGCGACCGAGAACUCAAAGCCGUGGGGGUUCUUUGAAGCACUUUGGUGGCGGAUAUCAAGAUCUAGAGAACUACGCAGCGUCGGAUGACGGUACUAGCUUGCACAGUUACGACUACCAAGCAGACUCCCCACGCUCGAGUGCAUCUCGCAAUAAUUCCGGCCAGCUUUUGAAUGUUGACGGUAGUAUGUCUGAGAAUGAUCUACCCAGCUACUCAGACCUACCACCUCCACCGCCAUUCCCGAGUACGGAGACGAAUACUACGGCUGAUAAUGGCGACGAUGACUAUCCAGAGGAAGAUAGUUUCCCGCCAGAGGCCCGAGACGAGAGCCCGUCGCUCACAGGACUGCCGCCACCUCCAUCUUACAUGGACGUAUUUACGGCUUCUGGAAGAGCAAAGGAUCCCAUCACGGUAGUGCCUCCUUCUGCUCGCAGUAUGGAUCUCCACAACAUUCCCGAUGAUGAAUCAGCAGGUGAUGAAUAUUUCGGUGACCAGCUAGAACGCCCGCCGCCGUUCGAAGCCCACAGCAACGAUGGGCCUCUACCUCCUCCGCCCAUGUAUCCUGAUGCGCCUUUGCCUCCGGCAGAGGAGACCCCGUCAUUGCUUGGCCAACCCAGUCGACUGCAGGAGCUUCGACGUCAGUACAUUGAAUCGGAGCGUCAACGAAAUUUGCUGCAGAAUGGGAGCGCUACGAUGGUGAGUACUUACUCGGAUAUCGACGAUUCGGGUCUGGUAGUGCGUCACCAACGACACCCUUCAGGCGGCUCAGUGCCAGGCAGUGCACCGUCACCUCAGCUGCCACUACCGGAACUUUGGGUGCGCUGGAGUGACGGUCCACUUGGCAUCACAUUUAAGCGCAAAAACGGCCAGAUUGUGGUGUCACGACUAACCGGCUCGGGGUAUUCGCCGGGUCUGACACAACUUCGACCGGGUGACUGGCUGGUGUCAUUCAACAACCAAUCCACCCGCAAUUUACGGCUCGGUGAAACGAUGGAACUACUGAAGCGUUCGCCAAAGCCUGUGGACAUGUGCUUUAUCGUUCAAUAAGGGUGCAGGAUGUACAAUCGCCAGUCACUCGGGAAUAGACCGGAGUGUUAAUAGUGAAUAGCAACCCCGUACCUGACGCCACGUAGAGAACAUGAAGCGGAGAGUAAAGGGCUGUUGGCGACAAUACCUGGAGAAGUUGGCGAGUCGCGAUGCGCCUAAAUAACCAAGUGAAGUGGCAACGACUGUGAUUUGGUAUUCCACUAUGCGCUCUACCCUAACAGAGCGCGAAGCCCACACCCAAAAACUUUGGCAUGGGAGAUACCAUGCCUCGCAAAAUAUUUUUUCCCCCUAUGCAUUCAGAUACCGCAGCACCAGCGCUGCUAGUGUUGUGUAGCGUCACCGGACUGUGCACGCUUUCGAGCUCGAAUAGCAGCCAUCAAGUCGAGAGGUUUACUGGGUUGUGAUGUCUCUGUUGGCGACUCAUUCUUGGCGAUGCUGUCCCUUGUGCUGAAGCGUUUACUGUUUUGCUUUCGUCGAGCUUUGAUAGCAUCAAAGAGAAGAGCACUGGUGGGGAGAGCUGCGGAUCGAUUUACUAAUGUCUGCGGUGAAAGAAGCUGUUUGUCGUUUGAUGUAUGGACGACUGUCCUCUUCGCCCAAGGCACUCGAUUCACACCAUUCAUAGAGCUAAUAUCAUCACCCAGCGCUGCUGAAUUCUUCUCGUGUACAUCGUCGAUCAGCUCCUGUACAGGCUUGAAUGCUGCUGCUGCGGUGAUAGAAAUAUUUUCACGGAUCAUGCCUUUAUCGUCGAAAAGUAAAGCCUUAACGUCGGCCAGUAUCCCCUGUAAGAAGAUAAUUGCUUGACACGCCUCACGAACCUCGAAUGGUGAACGCGUAUCUUCUUCAUCUUUGGCGGGGUCACGUUUUCCCAUAAUGCAGAUUCCCGCACGUUUCGAGAGUAACAGCGUCAGCUCACGCGUACUGUUCAACAAUGAGUUACACUGGCUCUGCUGCUCAAUAUCGUCACCUCCCGAGGUUGGGAAGGAGAUAUCUAGAGCUCGUAUUUGUUCCAGAAUCGAGUCCAUUUCUUCCAAAGCACCCAACGCUUGUGCAACCUCGCGCAUGUUCAUGUUGUAGUGUGCUUUCAGGUCUCUUUGGCGUUGGUUAGCUACCAUUUCUCGAACGUGGGCUUGCGCCUCCAGCAAGGCUUUCUCACCAGCAUUUUCAGGAUCGCUUUUCAAGAUCUCCUCCUUUAUAAACUCAGGCUCCGGUAUGAACCCCAGACCAUAAUAUAGCUUUCGCACCCUCUCCUCCGUGCGUACUGGACACGCCAAGCCCACAAGGUCGCAAUUGUGCUGGGAACCGAUAACUAAAUUAUCAAUCUCAUACCCAGUUUCAGACGAUCUGCAGUGGUUCGUGAGGUUUCUAGCAGCAGUGAUGAAGGCUUCUUUAAGCUUGCAGUACCAAGCGUAUUUCUUCUGUGCCA